UCAUUGUUUGCUCACGUGACUUUCCAAUUACACUUGGGCGGGGCUGGGAAUUAGGGAGAGAUCAGAAAAUAGGGCCAGGAACUGAACGGGUCGAGAGAGUGACGGAUCGGGUCAAAGACAGGGACUGGUAGCCUAUUACUGAGUUCUCUUUCUCGCUACACUCCUCCAGUCCGUGGAACAAUUAGCAAAUUAUAAUAGAGACCAAGAGAUGGCUAAGACAGAAAGAGAUAUUAAAUGUGUUGUUGUUGGAGAUGGAUCUGUGGGUAAAACCUGUAUGUUAAUAUCCUAUACUACUAACUCAUUCCCUGGAGAAUAUGUCCCUACUAUUUUUGAUAAUUACACAGCUAACGUUUUCGUGGAUGGUAGACCGAUAAGUUUAGGACUUUGGGACACGGCUGGACAAGACGAUUACGAUAGGCUCCGCCCACUCUCGUAUCCAGACACUGAUGUAUUUUUAAUAUGUUUUUCACUUGUCAAUCCAAACUCGUUUGCAAAUGUGGCCGAUAAAUGGUGGCCUGAAAUCGGUCACCAUGCACCAGGUGUGCCUAAGAUACUAGUUGGUACAAAAUUGGAUUUACGAGACAACAUGGGGGAACUAGAACGACUUCGUUCCAGAAACCAAAAGCCAAUAGCGAUAACACAAGGAGAGGCCAUGAGAAAAAAGAUUGGUGCCAUAUCGUACAAGGAGUGCUCAGCUCUGACACAAGCUGGGCUAAAAGAUAUAUUUGAUGAAGCGAUCAAAGUGGUCCUGUUUCCAGAGCAACAGAAAAAGAAGAAAUCAAAGUGUCUCAUUCUUUAGUCCAUGACCUCAAGAUAUUAAUAAUAAUAAUUAUGGUAACAAAAUAAUAAUAAUAAUACUAAUACUUGCUAUUGAUUUUACAUUAAAAUGAAACAUUCACGCUUUCAGUAAAAAUGGACUCUCUCAUGUGUUUCAAAAUAUCUUAUGUAUUUGUAUGAAUUUCUCUCACUAUCUCUCUCUCUUUUUCUUUUCAUUUAUUAUAAGCUGUUGUUUUUGUUUAUUUUUGUCUGUCAAUUCAAACAACAUCUCGUCCUAUUCUGGUAGUUUUAA